UUCGGGAAUCAAAUUGGGAAAAUCAAUUGAAUUGCAUCGCGGAGUCGUGUGGGUUGGGUAAUCUGUUGGAAUUCGACAAAAUUUCGUCAAUAAUUGUGUUGGAUUGAAUUUUUCAGGGAUUCUUUUUUGUUUUUCUUGGUUGAAUCGGGAUUGUGGCCACGAGUUCUGGAGCCGGAGGCUGUGCGCGGAAGCUAGGGUUUUUGAGUGGGCAGAUCUCUAAACGCGACCUUCCAAUUCGAUCGUUGUGGUUCAGAAUUAAAGAUGUUUUGGCGUAUGGCCGGCCUCUCCGCUGCAUCUCCAGUGGAUACCAUUUUAGAUAAAGAGAAUUUCACUCUGGAGGAGCUACUGGAUGAGGAUGAAAUAAUUCAAGAAUGCAAAGCUCUUAAUGGCCGUCUCAUUAAUUUUUUGAGAGAAAAGUCUAACGUUAGACAACUGAUUCAAUACAUUGUGGAAGAACCUCCAGAAGAUGCCCAGAAACAACGAACAUUCAAGUUCCCUUUCAUUGCUUGUGAAAUUUUCACGUGUGAAGUUGAUAUUAUCCUCAAGGCUUUGGUAGAUGAUGAUGAGUUGAUGGACCUAUUGUUCUCAUUUUUGAAUCCUGAGCACCCUCAUAGCACUCUAUUGGCCGGUUAUUUUAGUAAGGUUGUUGUAUGCCUGUUGCUGCGAAAGACAACUCCUCUAAUGAAUUACAUUCGAGCACACCAUGAUAUCAUUAGCCAGCUAGUUGAUCUAAUUGGAAUCACGUCAAUUAUGGAGGUCUUGAUUCGUCUAAUUGGUGCUGAUGAGCAUAUAUAUGCUAACUGUGCGGAUUCCACGCAGUGGUUGGAAGAUAUGAAUGUGCUGGAGAUGAUUGUUGACAAAUUCAGUUCAUCUGACUGCCCUGAAGUGCAUGCAAAUGCAGCAGAAACUCUCUGUGCAAUUACACGAUAUGCUCCCCCAGGACUGGCUUCAAAAAUCUCCAGUCCAAGUUUUAUUGGAAGAUUGUUUCGUCAUGCUCUGGAGGACUCCAGACCCAAGUCUGUUUUGGUUAACCUCUUAUCAGUCUGUAUAUCAUUGUUAGAUCCCAAGAGGUUAACAUCUGGGACAUAUUAUAUGUAUACUCGCCAAAUGGAUUAUGCAUCCAAAAGUCCCGCUAACCCUGAGACUGUUCAAGGCAUGCUGGAGAGCCUAGGUGAUCUGCUCAAGCUAUUGGAUAUUUCAUCUGAGGACCAUACUUUGCUAACUACAUAUGGAAAAUUGCAACCACCUCUGGGAAAGCACCGGUUGAAGAUCAUCGAGUUCAUCUCAGUCUUGGUGAGUGUGAGUAGCGAAGCUGCAGAAAAGGAACUGAUUCUCCUGGGUGCUGUGAAGCGUAUCAUUGAGUUGUUUUUUGAGUAUCCGUACAACAAUUUCUUACAUCAUCACGUGGAACGCAUAUUAAUAUCUUGCCUUGAAAGCAAGAAUUCGGAGUUUAUUGAGCAUCUUCUUCGUGAUUGUAACCUUAUUGGACGUAUUCUUGAAGCUGAAAAGAAUUCCUCUUUAGCUUCUGAUACAAGCAAGCCCACUAUACCCGCUGAAGGAAAGUCAGCACCAAGGAUUGGAAAUAUUGCUCAUAUGACUCGCAUUGCUAAUAAACUAGUACAAUUGGCAAAUAACAACAGCGUGAUACAGACAUUUCUUCAGGACAAUGCUGAUUGGGUUGAUUGGCAAUCAAAUGUGCUGCUUAAGCGAAAUACAGUGGAGAAUGUAUCCCAGUGGACCUGUGGGAGGCCUAGUGUACAACUGGAUCGGACACGAGAUAGUGAUGAUGAUGACUACCAAGAUAGAGACUUUGAUGUUGCAGCUUUAGCGAAUAACUUGAGCCAGGCCUUCCAAUUUGGAAUCUAUAGUAAUGAUGAGAUUGAUGAGGCACGUGGCUCUCUUGAGUGUGAUGACGAGGAUGUGUACUUCGAUGAGGAAUCUGCUGAAGUUGUCAUUUCUUCUCUUCGGUUGGGAGAUGACAAUGAAAGCGGAUCCCUUUUUACGAACUCCAAUUGGUUUGCAUUUGAGGAUGAGAGAAUAGCUGCUGAUGAGAAUUCAUCUGGUCCCGUUGCUUCCUCUUCACCCAAAGCUCAGCUGCAAGAGCUAGUCGAGGGUGCUGACAAUGAUGAGGCUUUAGCAAAUACUGCUACAUCUGAAUUGACUGAACUUAAACCAACUUCAGAGGACAAUGGGCUGACCAACCUGUCGUUGGAUGUACAAGAAACUGAAACCAGUGGCUCCGACAAACAAGAGGAGUCAAUUGGGUUGAGAGGAAAUUCAGAUCCUGAUGAAUUUCUACCAACCUCCAUUACUGCAGACACAUCAUCCACUGGAAAUGAUCACCCAACUUUACCCAACGGCGAGCUACCAGUGGAAUCAGAUGGACAGCCUGAUGUUAAAGAAGCAGAUAUAUCAGUUCCUUCUCCGACUCCUUCUGUUAAGCCUGUAGAUAGUAGCAAAUCCGACACCAGGGCAUUACCGGAUUCUGAACCUGUUGGCUCUGAUGCCAAUUCUGCUGCGGAAUCCGUUGAAGCAGGCGAGGAGAAGCCAAGCAGUGUAAAGGUAGACUCUCCUGGAGCUGUGGAACAUGAAGAAAAUAAUUAAUUUAUGAGAGUGAGAUCCGAAUGUAAAUUGUUGUUAAGCUGCGUCGCAUUCCACACGAGCUGAGUGUAGCACGCACUUGGUGUCGAGCUUGGUGCAGGAUGAUGAUGGUGGUGGUGUUCAUGACAGCUGCAAGUAGUAGUGUAUACAGCCUUCUUGAUUAUAGGGUGGUUGCAUUGAGCAACACAGAAUAUGCCACAAAUUGCUGCUCAGCUCAAUUGGAGCCUAACAGAGGAGGAGGAGGAUUGAUUUAUAUAUAUAUUAUACAUGUCUUUUCUGCCACUUAUACAAUUUUUUUUUCUUACUAUUUUGUUCUCUCUAGUAUUCACUCGCUUACUGUUUAGACACUAAACUUGGCUUCAUCUUCUUCACGUCAUUCUUGUUCAUAUCUUAAAUAGUAGUAAUUUAUUGUCUUCAUUGCACUC